GACCUCUGACCUUUUCAAGCUAUUUUUAGAGCCCAGCUCACCCAUGUUAACGUUUCAUCUUCUUCCCGUAUCCCAUAGAAGCUUCUACUUUCAGAAAGCUCUGAGCUUUCCCAAUAUAUCAUUCGAUAUCUCUCUCUUUCAACUCUGUAACCAUGGCCUCUGCUGGGAUCAUUCCCCUUCUUUUUGCAGUCUUUCUUGGUGUGCAGCCAUGGACUGGCGAUUCCAACAUUCUGUCUCCCGUUUUCUCCCCUCACCUUGGCGCAGAUGAUGUGUGCAAAGGAGUGGAAUGUGGGAAGGGGACUUGCAAGCCUUCGCCAAACGCCACUUACUUGUUUGUGUGUGAAUGUGAUCCUGGCUGGAAGCAGACUCGCCCCGCUCAUGGCUCUGCUCUCAAGUUUAUCCCUUGUGUUGUUCCCAACUGUUCCCUUGACUACUCUUGCACGAAAGCCGCCCCUGGCCCAGUUCAGGAUAAAGAACUUCCAGCCAACAAGUCAUUCUUUAACCCUUGUCACUGGAUUGAUUGUGGAAGAGGGACCUGCAGUAAGACAUCACCAUUCACACACACAUGCAAAUGCGAAGAAGGUUGCUACAAUUUGUUCAAUCACACCGCUUUCCCAUGCUUGAGAGACUGUUCACUUGGAAUGGACUGCUCAAGCCUUGGGAUUACUGCAAAGAACGACACAUCAAGUACUCCGAGAUCCAGUCUGGCUGAUAAUGGUACAAACCGAGCUGGCGGCUCAAUACAACUAGGUGGAAUCAAUUGGUUGAUUCUUGUUGUCUCUACCAUCUUAGCUUCAGUGCAAUGGAAAUAGAACAACUAUGAAGGUGAAUUUAGGGUUCCAUCUGAUAGGUUUGGGAUUCUUGUAGACAUUUGGUGGCUUGCAUUUCUACUCAUUGCCCGAUCACGAUAUGCCGUGUAGUUAUUUGUUUAGUUUCAUUUGUACAAAAUCUACAGGUUUGGGUGAAUAAAUUUGAUUAGGCAUAGGCAUAGAUGGAGGGACGUGAUACCACAGCUUGUUAUUGUGUUAUAUACAGUGGCUGCCCUUUCACUGGGUCCAGCUUUAUAUAUAUACAGAGUUCACACUUGUUUGUCUUGUCUCAUCAUAUUUAAUUCAAAAUGGUAUUGUCUCA